CGGGGCGCGAGGCCGGAAGUUGCGCCCUCGUUGCUCGCAGUUUUAAAAUGCUGCGGAGCCCUUAGGAUCUGCGACCGCCACCGCUCCCUCCGGGCUCGGAGGGAGAGCGACUCAUGGAGCGACCGUAAGUUUUACCAAUAGAUUGCAGUAUCUUCACUGACAAAAUGACAUCACAUUCUACCUCUGCCCAGUGUUCAACGUCUGACAGUACUUGCAGAGUCUCUUCAGAACGAAUCAAUAAGGUACGACCCAAGCUGCCACUUUUGAAGAUUUUGCAGGCAGCCGGUGCGCAGGGUGAAAUGUUCACCACGAAAGAGGUAAUGCACUAUCUAGGCCAGUAUAUAAUGGUGAAGCAGCUUUAUGAUCAACAGGAGCAGCAUAUGGUAUAUUGUGGUGGAGAUCUUUUGGGAGAACUACUAGGAUGUCAGAGCUUUUCUGUGAAAGAUCCAAGUCCCCUCUAUGAUAUGCUAAGAAAGAAUCUUGUCACAUUAGCCACUGUUACCACAGAUGCUGCUCAGACUCUCGCUCUCGCACAGGAUCACAGUAUGGAUAAUCCAAGUCAAGACCACCUGAAGCAAAGUGCAACAGCAAGUUCCAGUUCCAGAAGAAGAGCGGGAGAGGAUGACAGUGCCACACUGCCUACCUCACAGCACAAUUGCAGGACUUCUAGAGGAGAUGACGACUUGAUAGAAAAUUUAAAUCAAGUUGACACAUCCAGGCUGGACAUUGAAUUUGAGGAAUGGGAUGUAGCUGGCUUGCCAUGGUGGUUUUUGGGAAACUUGAGAAACAACAGUAUACCUGGAAGUAGCAGCUCAACUGAUUUACAGACACACCAGGAUAUAGGUACUGCUGUGGUUUCAGACACUACGGAUGAUUUUUUGUUUUUGAAUGAAUCAGUCCCAGAGCAGUUAGGUGUUGCCAUAAAAGUUGAAAGUGCUGAUUUUGAACAAGCAAGCGGAGGAGUAGGGAAAGCGAGUGACAAAAAGCUGAUUGAAGUGGAAAAACAUGAGGACCCCGAGGACUCUAAGUCCUUAAGUGAUGAUACUGACAUAGAAGUUACCUCUGAGGAUGAAUGGCAGUGUACUGAGUGCAAAAAGUUUAACUCUCCAAGCAAGAGGUACUGUUUUCGUUGCUGGGCCUUGAGGAAGGAUUGGUAUUCGGAUUGUUCUAAAUUAACUCAUUCUCUUUCCACAUCUGAUAUUACUGCCAUACCUGAAAAGAAGGAAAAUGAAGGAAUUGAUGUCCCUGAUUGCCGGAGAACCAUUUCAGCUCCAGUUGUUAGACCUAAAGAUGUGUGUAUAAAGGAAGAAAAUUCCAAACUUCUUAAUCCUUGUAACUCAGUGGAAUUCUUAGAUUUGGCUCAUAAUUCUGAAAGCCAGGAGACCAUCUCCAGCACAAGAGACAAGUCAGAAAGUCUUUCUCAGCACAGGACAGACACAGAAAGUAUGGAGCAUUGUCAGAACAUCCUGAAGCCAUGCAGCUUAUGUGAGAAGAGACCUCGUGAUGGGAACAUUAUCCAUGGGAGAACGAGCCAUCUUACCACAUGUUUUCACUGUGCCAGAAGACUGAAGAAGGCUGGGGCUUCAUGUCCUACUUGUAAGAAGGAGAUUCAGUUUGUUAUUAAGGUUUUUAUAGCAUAGUGGAAUCAAUUGCUGAGAAAUAUUAGGAGCACCAGGUAAUUUAUCAAAACAACAGUAUUCUUGGAGGCAGAAGACAGUAGAAUACUAGAUUUGAAGCCUGGCUCAUAUAGCAGGACUUUGUCUUAAAGGGAAAAAAGUCAGUAUUAAGCAGUUUUUCUAAGUGUGACCCUCGCAUGUAUUUAUUUAUAUAAGCAUACAUGGAAUUUGAUAUAUUUUAGGAUUUGAUGACCAAUUUGGGGAUUUUGUUAAAAAGAAACAUAAAUCACUUCAUUCUUCCUUCAAAGCUGAAUAACUGGGAAUCGAACUACUGGUCCAAACAAAAUCCACUUAUCAGAUUAUUUGAAGAUUCUCUUUUUAGUUAAUUUUAUUCUCUCCCUUUCUCUGUAAUAUAACGUUCUUGUGGCAUCAGAAUCCAAGGUAGUUAUUAGAAAAAUAUGAGGGAUAACACUGAAGCAAAAAAUCUCAAAUUAUGAAGUACUGUUUUGAUUACUUUAUGUUGAAGUUAGACUGCCUGGUUCAGAAAACAAAAGAAAGUUUUGUUUUUCUACUCCUUAUACUGACACCCAAAUCCAGGGCCUUCCCAUUACUUCUGCCACUGAACUAUACACCCUUCAUUAUUUUUAAGGUCAGUUUCGCUGUGUUGACUAGGCUUAGACUCUCAAUCCUUCUGCUUUAGGCUAUCAAAUGGCUAGAAUUAUAAGAGAUGUCCACUUUCUAUACCUUAGUACAAUGGUUAGCAAACAUUUUGUUCAUAUAACCAUAAGAUAUUUUGAGAGAAAUGGGUAUGACAGAAUUUGUAAGCAAACUUUUCUUUUCCUUGCUUCUUCUUUCUUGGCUCAUUGUUUCUUGGAAGUUCUUCAGGCAUUUUGGUCUCUAUGCCACCCUGAAGUAGUGGUCCACAGUAAGAUUUGGGUGAAGAGUGAAGUUAUUAAAGAGAAUUGAAUGUUUUUAUUUCUGUAGAGAUUUUAGCCACAUCAAUUUUAGGCUAAUGCCCAUAUAGGAAUUGAAGGUCUUGAUAAUGAUUUCCAUAUACCUAUUUAUGUCUGUUUAAUCCAUGGGAAAAUCUUAGUGUAUCCCUAGGGAUAUGAAGAUAUUUUGAAGACCAAAUUUGAGCUUGGGGCCAUGAGAAUCCACCUGGAUUUCUUGUUAAAAGUACCCCAGUUCCUAGAGACUGCCUUGGGGUCUGGAUAUCUUGAACAAGUGUUUUAGGAGGCUUGUGCUUUCUGAAGCCUUGUCCUAAAAAGCAUUUUCUUCCUGUUUUUGUACAUAUCAAGUAAGAAGUAUAUAGAAUAGAAUUCCUUACGAAUCAUGUUUAGUUUUAGGCAGGCAGUUGGAAUUGCUGACUUUUAAAACGAAUGCACUCAUUUUCAGUCCCUGUUACUUUGCACAUGAAGCCAAAUGCCAUAGUGGUAGAACUGCUUCUGGAAUUCCUCUUCCUGCUAGAGUCUUGAGAAAAAGCUUAUUCUGUCAGUCACUUGCUAAUUACUUUUAAUGGUUGAAUUUGGGAUGACUAAUAGUCUUAAAAUGUCGAUCUGAACAAAUGGUCUUGGACACUGAUGUACAGCUAAUACGAGACUUUAGAGAGAAGAUUGACUUCUAAUACUGUCUAAAGAAAAGAGCCUGUACAUUUUUAGCUAGCCAUAAAGGUAUUUCUCCCACUGUUGAGGACAAGUAAUAGCAACUUGCAUCAUUUUCUGCAAUAUUGCUUCUUUCUGAAGAAUGAAGCCCAGGUCUAGCUAUUUAGGGAUGAGAGUUUAACCUUAAUAAGCAAAAUUAGUCCUUUUACGUAAAUGUUUUGCUAGAACAUGAUGAAUGAUCUGAAACUUCAGAAAGCUAAUUUAAUUUCCUCCUUGUUCCCUCCCCCAAGUAAUACUCUUCAUAAUAAGUUUAGUACUUCUGAAUUUUUGUGUAAAAUUCUUCUGUAGGUAAGAAAUGGCAGUCAGGAGAAUUGGGGCUCUGCACUUGUACUUUAUGAUCCUCUUAGGUAAAGAUGAGAAUUUUUGUUUCUUUGAUAAAACUGAAGAAGAAAUGAACGUUUAUGUUUAUAGAUACAUGAUGCUAAUGUUGGUACAUCUUACCAGUAUGGACUUGCUGCAGGCUCCUCAGCCUUCCUUUUCAUAUUUGCUCAGCUGGGUUUCUCCCUGUCCCCUUAGCCACUAAGUAUUUUGCUAGAGAAUCAAUAGGCUUGUUUUUGUUUUGUUUUGCAGUGCUGGGGAUGUAUGUUUGAGCCAUAUCUCAUGUUUACUUGCAGAAAACAUUGAACUGUUAAUCUGUUUCUGGUAUUUAUUAUUGUUACUCUUUUCUUUUUUUUUUUUUUGAGGCAGGAUCUUAACUCUACCAGACUAUCUCGGAACUCACUGUGUAGCUCAGGCUGGCUUGGAGUUCAUGGCAAUCAUCCUACCUCAGCCUCUUGAGUGCUGGAACUAGAGGCAUGCACCACCAUACCUGGUGUUAACUGUCUUUUUCAUUCCCACAGGGAUAUAGAUUUGUAUUCUGUCUCUAAAAUAAGGACAUUGUUGGUGGGAUUUCCAGUUUACUGCCAUACAUCUUUUAGUUAUAAUUAUGGGCCCAUGUGCUCUUGUUUUCUGGAAAUAGUGCUAGUUUGUCCCUGGUUUUUCUCCAUCUUCUUUUUUUUUUUUUUUGUUUUUUUGAGGUAGCUCAGGCUGACCUGGAAUUCACUAUGGAGUCUCAGGGUGGCCUCGAACUCACAGCGAUCCUCCUACCUCUGCCUCCUGAGUGCUGGGAUUAAAGGCAUGUGCCACCACGCCCGGCUCAUCUUCAUUUUUAAAUGUCUUGAUUUGGACAUUAAAUUAUUUGAUUACCCUAAUUGUUGAUAUGCUGAACUUCUGUUGAAAUCUUGAGAGUAAGGGUCUUAUAAAGCAGAUGUCAUUGGUGCUCAUUGUUUUUGGUUAUGCAGUGAACUGAAUAGUCAAACCUUCAUUAGCAUCAAGUUUCUUUCUCUUUUUUUUUUUUUUUUAAAUUUUUUGUUUGAGACAGUGUUUUGUUAUGUACCCCUGUCUGGCCUCACUCAAACUUACCACGGUCCUGAUACUUAUGCCUCCUGAGUUUCGGGAUUACAGCUUUGCACCACCAUACCUAAGUUUUUUAUUUUACUUGUCACUUAAUAUUUAUGAUCAUGUUAUCUUGGAUAAGAAGCUCAGAGCAGAGAUGACAAGUCACUAGAGAAACAAUUCCUACAUUACAGCUAAACGUCUCCUGUGCUCACUGCUGACUCCUUCUCCUUGUGGUGCACGUUACAGUAAUUGCUAUGCCCUUGCAUUUAGUACUUAUGUCAGACUCCUUCCAACUAGUGUUUACCAUUUCUCAAAUCCUUCUAGAGAUAGCCUGCAUUUUCAGUCAGUUCAGACUAGAACAAGUGUAUCCAAGUCUAGCCUCCAAACUGCCAUGAAAUUGUGUAAUAUACUAUUUCACUGCCAAGCAUUUAUGACAAUGUGGGUGUAUUCGUUAGGUAUAUUUAGGUGUGUGUGAUAGUUUGUGAGGGAUUGACUUGAAAUAAUUUAUGUUUAAAAGUGUGAUCAUUUGUAACAUUUCUCUGUUAAAUCAGUGUAAUAUGGGUGCCUUUGAAGUCAUAUGUAGGAAAUUGUGAAUGUUCUUGAGUUGGCACAGCUAUCAUAUUGUUACCUUUGGUUCACCUUAGAAAGGAAACUUGCUAACCAGCUAUUUUUUCUCCAUGUAUUAUGUGAACUUCUGAAAGUACAUAGCUUUAGAUACUGUGAAUCAUCUGUUUUUCCUAUUCUGUUCUUAAAUUGUUCAGACUUGUAUUCAUUUUGUUGCUUCCUACCAUUCACGAGGGUACAUGUAUGUGUGCACACAUUAUCAAAAUAGAUGCUGUUUGCUGCAAAUGUCUAUAGCUAGAUAAAUAAGGAACUAGCUGGGUUUAGAACCUGCACUUAAAGACUGAAACCUGAAAGCUCUCCCCUGUGCCAAAAGUAAAUGUACAGUGUUUACAAUGGCUGAAAUUUUGCACUGCCAUAGGGAAUGGUGAGGUUACUUCACCAGAUUCCUUAGAUUUGUAAGUAGAAGAGCUGUAGCUUAGCAUAGGCUAAACUGGGAAUGAGUAUCUGAGAUGGUUAAAGUGGCUCCCUGGACCAAGUUUGGGGACCAUCUUCCCUGAUUGUUUGAAGAUGUUUUUUCUGUGUUGACAGCUCUGUGUUGUCUGCCAUUACUAUUUGCUUCCUUAAGAGGAGCCUCUAGUUACCGUCUCCUGUGGGAGAAUGUCGCAUAACCAUCUUGAGAUCUUUGGAUGGAAUGAAUGUGCAAUCUCAAGUAAUGCCUUUGGUGAGUGGCAUUGUUAAAAGGAAACUAUUUCUGACCCUCCACCAACAGUUACAGAAAGCUACCUACAUCUGCAGAAAGGUGGUGAGCAUUUCUCGGUAGCAUAUUGGAAAUCCAUAUUGCUGCUUUUCCUUCAGGUCAUUUUCCUUCUUGUAGGGUCCACAUUUAAGUCCUAAGAGCACAUCUGGUAGAACUCACCAUUUCUUACCGUGGAGAGGUCGAAGAUACUUAAAAGAGUCAAAUAGUGCUAACAGCAAUUCCUUUCUCGAUGUUUGCUGUAAUUUGACACAUGUAAAAGGUUGACAUUGUCAUUUUGACACUUGAGAGUUUAUCAGAGCAUUUAAUUUGUUAUCCAAAGGCGGAUGUUUUCUUUAUUUUGUUUGUUUAAGUACUUUGAUGUCAGUAGACAAUUCUCCCUCCCUCCCUGUUGCCCUUAUGUUCUCUUAGUUCAAAGUUAACCUGUUUUGAGGUAUUGCUUCAAUACCACAGGCCUUUUGCAUCACCCUUGGAUGAUUAUAAUUACAGCGCUUCUAGGUAAAAUUGCCAUUGCAGCCAUUCCUGAGGAAUGUUUUGUAGCACAGUGAGGUGGUGAGCUCAAGCGGGCACCAAAGGAAGCCAUGAGGUCAGAGCUGUGACCUACUGUAAAGUACAGGAUUGUAGUUGAGGCUUCCUUUGUGUGCGCGAUGGGGGAGGGGAUUAUCUUUGCUGCUUUUAUCUCAGCACUAAGAAAUGGAGGUCAGCCUUCCCUCUUGUUAUAGGAAGAUUCGUUUUCUCAUUUUCACUUCCUUUUCAGUAAGAAAGCGGCUCCUUUAUGUCCUCCUCUUAACCCUUUUAAAACCAGUAGAAAAUGGCAAUGUUUCUUGCCUCAUCAGCACUUGGCACAGAAGUCAGCAACCAGCAGCUGAACAGGACUGUUCAAUCUAUAGCUAUGUAAGUACUUGGUGCCUCUUGGAUGGAGAAAGGUAUCUAUCUCAGUGGCUUAAAUCCUUUAAGCCAUUGUUCUCACUUGUAAAUUAUAUGAGCACACUCGUCUACCUACUCUACCUCAGUUUUGUUGUGGAAAUUAUGGGUGAGCAGUCAAAAACCCAUUAGUUCCUGCCUUGGAGGUAGAAGCAGCGCUGUCAGGCGUUGGUGUACCAACCCUGGGUGUAUAUUCAGAUCCCUCAUGUCCUGGAAGCUUAGCACACGUUCUCCUUAGUGCCUGCUUAGCAGAGUCUGUUGCUUCCUAUAAGCACUUUACCUACACUCCUAUCCUUUCCUUGACAUGACACUCUUGAUUAGAAAGAUUUCUCUUCAGUCUCUAGGUGGUUUUGAGAAGUUGUGUAUAUUUGGAUAGCACAUCCUGUCCUGAUGGAACUGCCUUGCUGUGAUCUUGAUAUACAAAAUUUCCUUCUACAUACAUUAGAGUAGGUGACAUAAAAAUGCAAUGUUAGUAUACAGAAAACAUGAAAUUUUCCAGAUAUUCCUAAUCAGGUAGUCACCUCAACAGAAGUAGCAAAUGAGGUUUCAUAAACUGGGAAGAAAGGCAAUUUAACCUCUGAAUCGUGGCCUGCUUAUUAAAACAACCGAGGGAGACACUUUCCUGUAUUCUUGCUUAGUUUUUAUAAGUGCCACUAAGUUAAUAGUUGUGUAUCUUUGGUGUUUGCACUAUGUAAUGCUUUCAAUGCCUUUUUGUUGUAUUUUUUUUCUUGUGCAUUAAAUGUUUUUCAUUUUCA